AUGCAGGAUGGAUCAACAGCAUUACAUCUGAUCUGUUCAUAUCUUAGUCUUAAGAAUGACCAUUUAUCUGUUGUGAAGCUAUUGACAUCAUUGAGAGUUGAUGUGUCAGCUAAGAACAAUUUGUUCUUUGAGUUCUAUUGUAAGAUAAUAAGACAUAUAGCAGAUGAUGGCAAAACUGCAAUGCAAGCAGGAGAAGGAACGUUGCAGUCAGUUUUUGGCAGUCACAAAGAAAUUCUUUCUGCUAUCCUUUCUCAUCUGAAGGAAUUCAUUGAAGUAGUGCUGUUGCAGUUCAACUUCCCAGCCACUACACCCAUACUACAAUCUCGAACAGGUGCGGCAAAACAGGUAGAUGAAGAGUUAGUACAACAUCUGAUUCAACAAAUAGAGCAAGUGACACAAGACAGUUUAGCAAAAGAUAGGCAAAUGGAUGAUUUGAGACAACAAAUCACAGAUCUACAGAAGGCACUGAGAGAUGAGCAGUUGCAGAGACAACAGGCAGUUGCUGGAGAAAGAAGGGAGAAAGAACAGGCAGUUGCUAGAGAAAGAAGGGCGAAAGAAGAGCUACGACAACGAUUACAACGAGAGCAAGACGACGUUCAGAAUGAUCUCGAUGAAGCUCGACAACAAAUUGAGCAAAUGAGUGUAGAGAAGGAAAAUGUUCAACGAUUACUAAAUGAAGCACAAAUAGAAAAAGCUAACAUUGUAGAGCUGCUUUCAGAUGCCGAUGCUGCAAUUGAACGAUACAAGCGAGAACAAGAAAAUGAAGUUUUAAAGAUUCCUCCACGUGACAUUCAAUUGACUGGCACAGAACUAGGACGUGGAUCAUAUGGAGCUGUUUAUGUUGGAUAUUGGAAUGGCUGUCCUGUUGCUGUCAAAUGUUUGUAUGAUGAUUUGGCUGAUGUUGAACGAUAUGUUCAACUUGUGCAUCAAGAAGCAACUGUUGCAUGGAAGAUACAUCAUCCCAACAUUGCUGCUGUUUGUGGUGUCACUCUGGAGAAAGAAGUCAAGAAGGCAUGGGUUAUCAUGGAGUUAUUGAGCGGCUCUGUUUCUAGCGUGAUUGAUGCAUGUCAACGAGAUGCUGCACCUCUCACUGUACGAGAAAAAGUUGACAUGGCACAUGAUUCUUUGUGUGGACUGGAUCACAUUCACUCCAUGCAACCCAUGGAGAUUUUCCACGGUGACAUUUGCCCAAGGAACAUCCUUGUAACUGCAACGAUGAGAGCCAAACUGGGUGAUCUAGGAGCCGCUCGUUUUCAAGAUGCUAAGCUUUCAGCCGGCCUCCUCAGUCCAGAAUACACAGCAACGGAGAGAUUUGAUGCUCCAGCUCUACCAAAAAGCAAGGAGACUGACAUGUACAGUCUGGGAGUGACCCUAUGUGAACUGUUCACUGCUGUUACUCCAGACCGUAGAAAAAGAAUGGAUCAAGUCUUACUUGUCCGUCAGCUAAACGUCCGUUCCUUAUGUAAGCACUUGAUGAGAGAUAAUCCUGCCACACGACCAACAGCAGCUGAAGCUCGCAGAAUCAUUAGUCGUAUUCGUGAUACAGACGAAUAUGCAGCAUGUCCUCCUAAACGAAUGGUAAAGGGUGUAGUGGAUGGAGUGGCUGAUGUCACUCUUGUUCAUCCCAAUUGGUGAUGUUGACAUGUCAUCGAACCAUGUGUUUGUUUUAUGUUUUUACUUGAUAUCGUUUCUGUGUUUGUAGAAAAGAUUUCCUUAGCAAUAGCAAUGAGCUUAGCUCUGGUUUUGCACGUUGUAUUCUCGAAUUGACCAGACAAUGUCGAAGUAGCAUUUUUCAGUAUUGAUAUUGUUAAUUGGAAGGUUUGAUGUAUA